AUGUCUUCAAAUUCGCGUUCAUUGUCCGAGGUUGGUCUAACAGGUGGCUAUGAUGGAGACAGCCUCGCAUUAAAAGUUAUCAUUGCAUUCUUCCCCGGCCUUGCUAUGUACAACGUGGUCGAGCUCUUGAUCCUGAUCCUAGGAUCCUUCAACAGAUUUCGAGGUCUAUAUUUCUGGAGUCUCAUCGUGGCUAGUGUCGGCAUCAUACCGUACUCUCUUGGUUUUACGUUCAAAUUCUUCUCUAUCCUCACAGGCUCUGGCAGAUGGGUCCCUAUCUUCCUUCUGACUCUCGGGUGGUAUCCAAUGAUUACGGGUCAAUCGGUUGUUCUCUGGUCACGUCUCCACCUCGUCGUUACCGGUCAAAGAGGACAUAAAAUUCUUCAUUGGACGAAAUGGAUGAUCAUCAUCAAUGCAAUUGUUUUGCAUAUCCCUACUACAGUCCUCACUAUUGGGUCAAAUGGAAACAAUAACACCCAGGUCUUCGCAAGAGGAUACAAUGUUAUGGAAAAAGUGCAGAUGUGUGGAUUCUUCGUCCAGGAAGUGAUACUUUCAUCCAUCUAUAUCAUUGAGACAGUCCGCAUCCUCCGGUAUUCGAUACAAGGGACGACUCGGCGACUCAUGUACCAACUCAUCGGCAUCAAUGUCCUGAUCAUAAUUAUGGACUUGGGCAUAUUGGCCCUCGAAUGUGCCUCAUUGUAUAUACUUCAGAUCACUAUUAAGGCCGCAUUCUAUUCCAUCAAACUGAAACUUGAAUUCGCCAUCCUAAGUCGGCUGGUGCAAUAUGUGGGAGGUCCUCGGCAAGGCACUCGACAAAUACCGGUUAGCAUGUCGGACAUGGAAGCACAAUCGCAAUCUACAGCUGGUGGACAGCAGAAUCGCGGGGCUGAGUAUGUUACCUGGAAUGAGGUUGAGACAGACCGAUCACGAACAUCUCAGCUGGUGAAAACGAGUUCGCUGUCCCGGCAAAUUGUGAGACAAGUCGAUAUCGAGAUUGAAGAGCUUGAACAUGGUGAGUCUACACCACCGCGGACUUGGGCAUCAUCUGCAAAUUUCCCCGAAGCAAGACCAACGAAUCCUAGCUCAUGGGAGCGGAGUUCCAAGAAAGUUUGA